AUGUCCGCCACAUAUCCGAUGAGCCAGUGGCAAGAUAUUGAGACUUUCAUGUCGGAGGGCAUAUCCUCGUAUUUGACCGUCACGGGACGCAGAGACCCUAAUGGAAAUCGCCCGGGACGGCCUUCUUGGGCCUCGCCCCGUGUUUCUGGCUAUCCUGGCGAGUCAACUCCGGCGCUCAAGGAGGAAGGAUCUUUCCCUAUUGCCAAUCGAUGUUGCCCUCCUGACCAAGCAGCAAUCGACCAGAUCCAUCCUCUGAAGACGAGAAGAAUGGCCAGGGGCGACCAAAGCAAGCGGAAGCCGAAGAUGAGCAACAUGCCCGUCCUCGUCCGGCGCGCACAUCAACGAACGCGGAACGCAAUGCUUCAUCACCUCUCCAUCUCGGCCACCAAGAUGGGUACAUCUUCCACAUUGCGACUUCCGUCGAACCGGCCACAGACUAUAUCCAUGAGCCCUGUUGAUAACAGACAGGAUGUCUGUCUGCGUCGGCAUGCUGUGACGGUGGCCUAUGGCCAUGUUGCUCAUGGAGGUACAGAGGCGGUGUUUCUGCCACAUCUGCUCCAGACACCUAGAUCUUGUAUCUUCAUUCUCAGCUAG